AACAUUGCAAUAAACUUUAUUACUGGCGGUUCAAGGAAGUUUUGUAAGCAAUGGUUGAUGGUGAGGAUAUUGAAAGUUCCAUGGACAAACAAUUCAACGAUAAUGACGGAGGUAAACCGGAUAAAAUGUUUACGUUGAAGAAGUGGAAUGCUGUGGCUAUGUGGAGCUGGGAUGUUGAGUGCGACACUUGCGCUAUUUGCAGAGUUCAAGUAAUGGACGCUUGUCUACGUUGUCAGGCGGAGAAUAAACGUGAGGUACUUGGACGCCAGGACUGCGUAGUAGUUUGGGGAGAAUGUAAUCACUCAUUCCAUCAUUGUUGCAUGUCGCUCUGGGUGAAACAAAAUAACCGCUGUCCGCUCUGCCAACAAGAGUGGUCCAUACAACGCAUGGGCAAGUGAGCACCAUGCCAAAGCUGAAUAGAGCAUCAGCAGUUAUAAUGGAACUGAAAAUAGAUUUUCUAAAUUUUAAGAAAACAACUGGUAAUUGAUGUUAAUUAAGUGAGCUAAUAUUUUCUCAAUAGAUUUAAGUUGCAACAUUUGUUUGGUAUGUAAGUUUAGGAGAAUGGUGAAAAUGUAUAAGAGAAAAUCUGUAAUAAACUGUAUUUGAGAACAAAGAGAACUAA